AUGUCCGACUUUGCAGAUUUGUGCCCUCCCGAUGAGAGCCGGACGAGUAGAGAGCUCAUCGUCAAGCUUGUCGUGGCUCACCUCACGGGCGUCACGGCGUUUUGCAACCUCGUCUCAUUGCGCAAGGACCCGCUCGACUCAAUCGAGCCUGUUCUCUUCUUCGUUUCUCCUCUCAUUGUCCUGACGCAAACAGCUUUGGGCCUGGUGCUCAUGGUCUAUGACUUUCUUCGCAGAGUUAUCACGUCACCAUCAUCAAUACGCGAGCAAGGUCGAAUUCUUGAGCGUCGAUGGAGGAUUCUCUUCUGUCCGAGGGCUGAGCCCGAGGUGGAGAUGAGCCAAGACGGUUUCAUCGGAACGCCAAGUGAAAGGAGGUCUUGGCAGUCCAAUCAUGAAGGGAGUGCUUGGGUGAGGUUGGGAAGAACCAUUGUCACAUUCGGGACUCUUUUCCAAUGUUCAGCAACCAUCUUCCUCUACAACCGUCGAAUCGAGUUGCAUGGGAAAGAAUCCCUAACAGUUGCCGACCACCGCUGCUUCGAAAUUGCCGUGGGCAGUGCCUUUGUCUCUGUCCUGUCCAUUGCUAUGUUACUAAGAUUCCCUGGCUUCACGCAACCAGCACCUGAGACAGAGUACAAAAAAGAGCCCAACGAAGAUGCUCUCUAUCUCUUCUGCAGAGGCGACCCAAGACGAUGCAAAUAUUGGUACCAGUUCAUCUAUAUCAAAGACUUCGGAAACGAAUCUACAGCCGCGACAUAUUUCUGGUGCCUUCUAUCAAGCUCAUACAAUGGCGCGUCGAUAGUCAUGAUUACUAUCAAGACCACAUACCCAGGCCUCUAUGAAGCAUUCGUCACACAAGAAGGCGACCGUAUUUCUAUGUUUGACUUUUACCGAAACUUGGCCAUCGUAUUUGGCGUCCUCCUCACUAUCGUCAUCGCAGUCACAAGACGCGUGGAGAAGAACGGCAUGAAGAACAACACUACUCUUUUGUCGCUUACCCCCCUCGCCUUUUCCGCGCUCUCUUCGGUAGUUCUUAUUUGCCUCGGAAUGAUAUUUAUCCUGUAUCCGUUCAUGGUGAUUUGGUUUCCGGGCAUGUUGAGUGGCGUUGGAUCGAUUCUUUUCGUCAAAAUCAAGGAGUGGAAGACGUUACUCGCACAACCGCCGUUUGCGCCGGCUUCUGAAGAGUUUUCGGCGUGUCCUGCGCUUUGGAAGGACCCGAUGGCGGAAUAUCUUUGGUCUUUGAUGUAG